UACAUAUCAAUCAAUCUAUUACACGCUUAAAUGCACUCGAAUUCAAAUUACUGACGAGAGAAAAAGCCACCAUCGAUUCUUUAUCACUGAUAAUUAUUUUCAGAGGGAAAUGUACAUUCGUAUUGUCGUUUAAAAAAAGUCACUCAGCAUGUAGAAUAUUGCAAAUUUUUCACCUCGAACUUCGAAGUUCAAAGUAAAUUGUACUGGCGAUAGCUGCGAAUGAUUAAGUGUUUAAAUGCACGGCUCGUUACGUUUAAAAAAUGUGUUUUACGUGUUGCCAUAGUUAUCUUUGAAUGCUAACGAAGUCAUUACCUAGCUUAGUUCAUCGUACGUAUGCAUAAUACUCAGCUGGGCUGACUAUUCGUUAACAAACUCCAAAAUGGAAUCAUAUCUUGGCACCUAUGUUUCUUGUAUUAAAAUCGGUAAUUCGCCGAUCAUUCCACCUUUGUUGGACGACUGUCGACGAGAAGAAAUGCGAUAUUAUCGUCAGCUAGCUAUUUCAUUAGAGACUCGUUUCAAAUCAAAAGAGACCAGCAGCGAUACCGGAGCCACCAGUUCUUCUGAAAGUUUACCUACGGAAAAAGAACUCGUAUCAAGAAUAGAUCCGUUGAUUGAUAUGAAAACCGAUGAUCUAGACGGUGUGGAAUUAGAACAUCUCGAUCUCGACGAUUCAGAUAGCGAUGCUUCGCACGAACCCAGUAAUUCGUUCACCUUCGCUGAAAGUAACGUAUCGAAUACUUUCGACGAACCUAGUGAUUCGUUCACUUUGGCUGAAAACACUUUACCGAGUACUCGAGAGAGGAGUAAUUCGUACACUCUAGAAACGCCCAGUCCGGUACUGCUGGCUUUCAUUCGAUCUCUGCAGGAAAAACAAGACGAGUCGCAGGAUAUUUUCACCGAUAAACGAUCCGAUACCGAGCUCAGUACUCCAACUGCAGUGGUGGUCGAAGAAGCACCUCGAACUGAAUCCUUAAAAGAGAAAACACGUAGAAAAUUAUGGGCUGUUCAUCUACCUUCGAGCAAACCUGGAGAAACACUAACCCAAUCGACUUCUUUACCAAAUAGCAACCACGUCAGUCCAUCGAAACCGAUCAAACGUUCGUCUCACUCAGACGACGGUUUAGUCUACCAAGAUACUUAUUUAUCCAACGAAGAUCGCGAAUACAUCGAGAAAAUCGAACAACAGUCGACUCAAACCGAUUCCAAUACCAGUACCGAUAUCACUCCUACCAAAUACCAGGCUCCAUUCAACGCUAACGAUAGUUUCGCCAAAGAUUUCAACGUACUCGAUAUCAGCGUCCUGUCUCGAGAUACGGAUAUCAUCGGUCGUGAAAGCACAGGCACAUUUUCAGACUGUAGCAGCGUCAGUUUAGGGAAAUUCAUGCCAUCGGUGGAUAAUAAAAAGUCAAUCGAUUGCGGCGAAGCUGAACAAGAAGCUUUUAUAUACUUCCAAGAACAACUCAAAGUCAAACACAGGCAACAGUUAGCCGAACUUUUACAAGUACAGCAACGAGAGCACGAUAUGUUGAAGGAACAAUUCUUGAAACUUUCUCGAGCUUCGAGCUGCGUCAAAGUGUCGCCUCCUUCGACUCCUUUGGCGGCCUAUUCUCACGACACUUACACUAAAAAAUCACCUAAUAAAUGCACCGUUUUAGACGAAUCGAUCUCCACUCAGUUACCUAUUCCUAAUUCGUCGUCAUCGCCUAAGAAACGAUCCAGUUCCAGUCAAUCUCCGAUUCACAGAAGACAUCAAGCUGCCAGUAAAAUACAAGCCGGUGUUCGUGGAUAUUUUACUAGACGACUAUUUAAAACUAGCAGGGUCGUUUUACUCGUACAAACCAUUAAAGACUGUUUAGUUACGGCUGUAUCGCUUCAAAAUGAAACUAAUCUAGGAUUAUCGGAGUUGGAUUUACAGAACAGGCUGUUACAACAGUUGACGACUGCUUGUAACGAACUGAACGAUAUUUUCUCGCUUCCGGUCAAAGAUAGAUUGGCCAUCAUAGCCGAAGAUAGAGAUAAGAAAAAAAGAGAAUCUAGACGUUCGAAUACACCUCUUCCAUUAUCAGAAGCUACUAGACGAUCUUUGCAACGAAAAUUAACCAGUUCAGUUCCAGACGGUGAUCGAAAAAGAUCCAGAAAACGUUGCAAAUCAGCAUCUUCUGUCCGUUCUGAUUCGUCCAAUAAUACACCACCUACUCAAAGAAGACCACUUACAGCUACGAUGUCAUUUUCGCACAAAUACUCGACAUCGCAUUCGAAUCGUAAACCUUGGCGAUGAUUUAUCCUGUAUAAAGAUCUCAGCCCAACGAUUAUCAUCAUUUUAUACGUUUAUUUUUAUGUUUUAUUAUUCAUCUUUUCCUAUUAUUUUUAUACUCCGGAAGUUUAGUUUAUUAGAAAAAAGAAAGCAAUCAUGUGAUUUUUACUUGUGAUCGUGAACAAAUUUAUUAUCAUUUUAAGUUUACGAAAUGAGCUUAUAAUAUUAAUUGUCAAUUUUUAAAGUGAUUUUUAGCACCAUUUUUUUCAAUUUUUUUAGAUUAAUAAAUUAUUUUAUUUUUUUUUGUCUCGUGCAUUAGA